AUGGCAGCUCGUAACAAGGUCAAAAUCAGCUUCGAUAGAUCGGAUGAGACAAUAAGAUGGUCUCUCGUCCCCCAUCUAUCGGCUGCUUUUGGUCGAAAAGGCAUUUCUGUGCUCACAGAUAAACAUGAUGAAUUCUCCAUGUCCAUUGCUUCUGUUUUGAUUUUCUCUAAGAACUACGCGUCCUCCAAGGAAUCUUUGGAUGAUUUCUUAAAGACUAUACAAAGGAGACAUGACAAAGGUCAUGUGGUGACCACUGUAUUUUGUGGAGUUAGUAGAUCUAAUGUGAAGGCAAAUUUCGCCAAGGCUCUCUUUGAGCAUUGGACUUCAUAUCAAGCAAGUCAAUGGUGCAAUGCUCUUGAAGAAAUUGCAAGCUUACCUGGCCACGAAGAUAUCAAUUUUAAAAGUGACUGCGAAUUUGUGGAAAAGAUUGCUAGAGAUGUUUAUGAGAAGAUUUUUCCGAAAGAACGAAUCGGAGUCUACUCAAGGAUGCUACCGGAUAUAGAAAACUUGCUAUGCAAGCAACAAUGGGGAGUCAAAACCAUAGGAAUUUGGGGUAUGCCAGGCAUAGGCAAGACAACGCUUGCUAAUGCAGUGUUUGAUCAAAUGUCUGGUGACUAUGAAGCAACUUGCUUACUUCAAAACUUUCAUGAAACCGUUCAAGAGAAGGGACUUUACCGUUUGCUGCAGGAACAUUUCAAGACUCUUCCAAAUCAAAAACUUAAACAAAGAGUUCUUGUUGUUCUUGAUGACGUGAGGAAUCAUUUAGAUGCAGAGUCUUUUCUCGCUGGGCUUGUCUCGUUUAGUCCUGGAAGCUUGAUCAUCAUAACCUCCAGAGACGAGCAAGUGCUUUCUCAGUGUCAAGUCAACCAAGCUUACAAGGUUGAAGGGUUAAACAAGCGCGAGGCUCGUCAACUAUUCUCCUGGUGUGCCUUUGAAAGAGAUGUGAGAGAGACGAAUCUUCUUACAGAAAUUUCUAUGAAGGUGAUCGAAUAUGCUAAUGGAAACCCUCUAGCUCUAAGAGUAUACGGCAAAGAAAUGUCAUCACACGAGAAACCAAUUCAAAAGGAGACUUUGUUUCUCAAGCUCAAGCAAGCUCCUCCACAUCAGAUUAUGGAAGUAGUCAAGAGUAGCUACUAUGCACUUAGUGACAACGAGAAGAACAUACUUGUGUAUAUUUCUUUUUUCUUCACAGGCGAAAAUAUUGAAUGUGUGUCGAAACUACUUCAAGACCUUGGUUUCUUUCCAGAGAUUGGAAUCAACCGGCUUGUGGAGAACUCUUUGGUGACUAUUUCAGAAAACAGAUUGGAAAUGCAUAGCAUGAUUCAAGCGGUAGUCCGAGAAAUUGGGAGGUGUCAUCAGCUCAAAAUCAGUGAAGACCCCAAAACAAGUUUUAAAUGUUUAUUGGGCACUACAGACAUCGAAGCCAUUUCUCUGGAUGCAUCUAUUUUUAACCAAGGUAUCAAAAUUUCUUCAUUCGGAUCCAUGUAUAAUCUUAGGUACUUGAAGAUUUACUACUCGAAUCCUGGAAAACAUCACAAGGCCCUCGAGUCUCUCUCUCUGCCUUAUGGGCUUAGAUAUCUCUGUUGGGAACAUUAUCCUUUGACGUCCUUACCACAAGAUUUUGAUCCAAGCAACCUUGUUGAACUCGAUAUGCCUUACAGUCAACUCCAAACUCUUUGGGGAGGAACCAAAAACCUCAAGAUGCUUAAGAGGAUCAACCUUCGACAUUCUCAGAAACUGCUUGAAGUUAAUGAACUCUCAGAAGCAAGAAACCUCGAGCAAGUUGAUCUCCGCGGCUGUAAGAACUUGCAGAGUUUCCCAGCCAUUCGUCAUUUGCAGAAACUCAGACUUGUUCAUCUCCCUAGUUUCACAAAGAUAAGUUUCCCAGAGUUCCCAUCUAAUUUUGAUUGUCUCAAAACUCUCAUUCUCAGUGGCUGCUCAAACUUUAUCAACUUUAAGCUGGUUUAUGAAAAUCUUGAAUUUCUACAUUUAGAUGGCAGUGCAAUCGAGAGUCUUCCUCGGACCAUCCAAAACUUCCAGAAACUUGUGUUAUUAAAUCUGAAAGACUGCAAAAUGUUGGAUUUCCUACCUGACUGUCUAGACAAGCUGAAGGCUCUUAAAGAACUAAUACUCUCUGGCUGUGAGAAGCUUAGCAGUUUUCCUGAUAUUAAGGAGAACAUGGAAAAUCUGGAGAUUUUGCUACUUGAUGGGACCUCAGUAAAAGAGUUGCCGAAGAUAUUAUUACACAGUGGGAACUUCAAAGACCAAGCACCGUGCUUAGAUGCACAUGCUUGCAGCUCACUGAAAACAGUAGCGAGUCCGCUGGCUCUUCUAAUGCCAACGCAGCAGGUCCCCUCCUCAUUCAUUUUCACUAACUGUGAAAAACUAGAGCACGACGCAAAGAAUGACAUCAUAUGCUAUGCUCACAAUAAGAGACGGAUGAUUGCAGAUGCAUUGAAUCGCCACAAUAAGGGUCUUGAUUUUGAAGCUUUGGUUACCACUUGUUUUCCUGGAUGUGAAGUUCCUGCUUGGUUUAGCCACAAAGCUUCUGGAGCAGUGUUAGACCCGGAGCUGCCACGACAUUGGAGUGAAAGUGGAUUUGUUGGAAUAGCUCUGUCUGCUGUUGUCUCGUUUCAGGACCACAAAAUUCAAAAUAACAACCUCCAGGUGAAAUGCAGAUGCGAUGAGCAACGCACAAUUAAGUCGACUCAUGUGUUCAUGGGGUACACCAAAUGGUUGAAUAUCAAUAGAUAUCAAGAAGAGGAUGGUGAGAAGGGAUGUGUUCCUACCAAGGCUUCCAUUGAAUUUGAAGUGACAGAUGGUAGUGGCAAGGUUACGAGUUGUGAGGUACAGAAGUGCGGUUUCAGUUUAGUUUAUGAAUCUGGUUCUUGGGAGGCAAGCUCAAGGACAGAGGACGUGGAACAAGUUUCUGUUUUCUCAUGA